AAUAUAAACUAGGGUAUUGGGCUUGGCUCUACAAGCUUGCUGAAAAACCAUUAGUGCAAGGUUCAGACCGGAGAUUUGGUCAUUCCAAGCUCAGUGUCUGUAGGUGCUAGGUUAAGCUAACCUGUUCGUUUAUAAAACCCGACGUGAAGCAAACAUCCUAUAGCGUAGGUUAGUUAACCUAACCCUUACCACAAGACCUACUCGCUCCCGGCCUACAACUCUCCAGUGUCUACUCUCAGAACUUCUAAGAAAAUAAAGAAUGUCUGACGACGAGAGAUACAGCGAAGAAGAGGAGGAGGAAGAAGAAGUAAAGUCCUCAUCUCAGCAGAAGAAGCCUGACACCCAACAAGCAGCACCUCAAGUCUCGGAAGCGGAAAUGGCGAUGGAAGAGAAGAUGCGAAAAAAGAAAGAAGAAGAAGAAGCUAUGUGGAGAGAAUACAUGGAACAACGACGAGUUCAACGACAGAAGGAAGAAGAAGAGUUGAAGAAGCUGAAGGAAAGACAGGCAAAACGAAAAGCCCAAAGAUAUGAACGGGAGAAGAAAAUGAUGGAGAUGAAGAAACGACAAGAGGAACAAAGGGUUCGUGAGAUGUUCCAGUUUACCAACAUAAUGUACGCUCGAGGCGAGAUGGGUAAGACGAAAGAACAGUUAGAGGAGGACAAGAAAAUGUGCUUGCAGUACAGAGUUAAGCCUCUUGAGAUCGAGGGGCUCAAAAUUGAAGAUCUUAGACAAAAGGCUCAGGAACUGUGGGCCAGAAUCUCCUCCUUGGAAUCUGAAAAAUAUGAUCUGGAAGAACGUCAGAAACGUCAAGAGUAUGAUUUAAAGGAGUUGUCUGAGCGUCAGAGACAGAUCAAUCGAAACAAGGCCUUGAAGAAGGGAUUGGAUCCUGAGGCUUUGCAAGGAAAACAUCCGCCUAAGAUCCAGGUAGCAAGCAAGUACGAACGACGUAUUGACAGACGAACCUACGGCGACAAAAGAGAAUUGUUUGAUGGUGGUUUGGAAAGCGCCUAUGAAGCUGAACUUGAGAAAAUGUGGGAAGACAAGAUGACUCAAUUUAAGGAAAAACGUCCAUCGAAACUUGUGAAAUGGGAUCCUUCUGCUCCCAAGAAUAAGGAGGUAGGUGUUUCUCGUCACGAGGAGGAAGAAGAAGAAGAUAUGGAACUACAUAUGCCUUCCAUGCCUGAGCAAACGCCUGCUCAAGAAGAAGAGGAAGAAGAGGAGGAGGAAGAAGAAGAAGACGAGGAGGAGGAGGAAGAAGAAGAGGAAUAGUGUGUGGUGUCUGACGCUGAAAUGAUUAUGGUUUUGUAGUCGUUCCGGUUAUACUAAUGACAAAAUACGAAGAACCAAAGGAAAAUGUUGGUCUUGUGACAGCUCAUAAUACUUCUCUCUCUCUUUUAAGUUCCGACUGUAGUAGAAAUCUGAAUCUCCUGAUGUGUGUGUGUGUGUUAUUCAUUCAUUUUUGUUUUUGUUUUGCGCAAUCUCUAAUUUGUAAAAAAAAAUAUUUCUUUUUUUCCGAUUGUAAAUGAUUUAAAAAAAUCGUAUAAUGAUGGUUGAAUAUUUGGUGCUAUAAGUCCUGUGAUAACAAUUUUACGAGUCCCUACCUGGAGCAAGUUGAGUCUGUUCCUUUUCAUUGACAUCUUCAGAAUGUUAAGAUCUCAGAUUUUUCUCAUCUUAUUCAGAAAAGAUGUAGAAAGAGUCUUCCGGUGUUAUGAUUUUAUCGUUACACUUCUAUAACAAUAAUAAUCAUUUAGCCGAAAAGGCUGCAAUUUAAAUAAAAUUCGGGAAUGUUGUACGUCAUACUGCUCAAAACAUGUAAAACUUUACUGUUGUUUUCAGAGAAAUUUAUAGUAUCAAAAUAAAUCACAACUCAUGGUCUUUUGUAAUUCAUUGGCUUUAACUUGUUGCACUUUCUGGAAAUUUACCAAAGUUUUU